AUGCUUUAUUCUCCAAUAAAUUUUAAAAUUGAAUACGUCGAACAUUCAGAAUAUGAGGUUUAUCCCAAAUAUCUUAAUUUGGAUUUAAGAAAAGUACCUGAUGAGCCCACCUUAAUUGAGUCCGCUGGUGAGGAACUACCCACAGUUCCUUUCAGUUUUUGGUAUCAAAACAGUGUAACUUUAAUGAAACCGGAUAAUUCAACUUGUGCCAAGUAUGCUACCCCGUUUGAAAUCACAUACUACAACACAUAUUGGCAGACUUAUAAAACAGCAAAUUUGACAUUUCAAAUAUUUGGUGCCUACUAUGACAUACGACCAGAACUAGUUGAUGGGCCUGUAGUACGCAUUUUGGUCAUGGUUAAUCAAAUAGAUUUGAAUUUCCCGUCAAGCUACUGUCAGUUGUGGUUCGAGGGACAAAAUGAUGCAGUUAUUGUGAAUGUUACCGACUAUAGGCCUAUUUGGAAUCCAGAAUGGUAUAAGGCCAAACAUAUUUAUUUUCCUCAUUUACUUACUUGUAUACUGCCAGUGUUAAAUGGCAAUGCAGUACCUAAAGCUGUAUCUCUAGUCGAUACGAAAUGUUCUAAAGCUUCCAAUACAAUCACAAUUUACUAUGAUCCUUUGCCGAAAGAUAAAGUUAGAAAUGGUUUUGCGGUUUGUGUAAAAAAUUUGUUUUUUCCAAUUGUUGACCAUUCAGCCAGAGUAGUGGAAUGGCUGGAAUUGUUACGUCUGUUAGGUGUAACUAAAGUUUAUAUGUAUGACUUAUAUUCACAUCCAAAUCUUACAAAAGUAUUAAACUAUUAUGAGGAAGACGGUUUUGUAGAAGUAACACCGAUAACACACGCAAAUGGUGAACCGCAAUUUCCACAUUAUUAUCAUCUUGCCUGGAGUAUAACAAAAUUAAGCAAUAUACUUCACGAAUUAAUCGCAUAUAACGAUUGCUUUUAUAAACAUAUGUACCGGUAUGAUUAUAUAGCACUGAUAGACACCGAUGAAGUACUAAUGCCACUCGACCCCCUAAGUAAUUGGCAUGAUAUUGUGGAAGUAGUGCGUAGCGCAGAAGAGAAGAAUAGACAUAAUUUUACAAAUAUUUGUUUUCGUAAUGUAUAUUUUCCGGAAUAUUCUAAUUUGGGACGCUAUACUCGAACGAUACCAGAAUAUUUUUAUAUGUUGCAACAUGUCAAGAGAGUAGAAAAACAUUUGGAUCCACGUUUAGCAAUUAAAUGUUUGCAUGACACUCAAAAGGUUGUCACUCUACAUAAUCACAUGUCCCGCAGUUGUUUUCAUAAUUGCUCUAGAGUCAAUAUUGAUAUUAAAAACGGUCAACUGCAUCAUUAUCGUGAACCAGAUAUAAAGAAAACUUUAGACACACCGGUGGUUGAUACCAGCAUUUGGCGGUUUAAGAAGCAGCUUAUCAAACGGUCUAUGCGAGUUUUUCAAAAACUUAAGUUCUUUUAAAUAAAAGUUUAAUUAAAUUUAAAUUAAGUAAUAUUAAAG